CUUGUGAUUUUUACCAAAAAAAGAAAAUGUCUAAAACCGAUAACUUCAAUGUAUUACUGUAUAAAAGACGCAACGCAAACCAGACUCGAUCAGCUUAUCAUUAUCGCUUACACCACCAGCAAUGGAUGCUACCGACUCCAAUGGUAGAAGUAAGCAGCUUCAUGUAGCUAUGUUUCCAUGGCUUGCUUUCGGCCAUAUCAUCCCUUUCCUUGACCUUUCCAAAUUUAUAGCCCAAAAGGGUCACAGAGUCUCUUUUCUUUCCACCACUCGAAACAUCCAACGUCUUCCACCUUCCCAUCUCUCCCCACUUAUAACUUUGGUUCCACUCACACUUCCACCUGAACACCACCUGCCUCAGCAUGCAGAGGCCACCAUCGACAUCCGCACCCAUGAUAUGCAACACCUCAAGAAGGCCUUCGACGGUCUUCAACACCAGCUCACUCGCUUUCUCCAGGACAAUUCUCCGGACUGGAUUAUUUAUGAUUUCGCUCCCUACUGGUUGCCAUCGGUCGCCGCGGGCCUUGGCAUCUCACGAGCCUUCUUCUCGAUUGUCAACGCAUGGUUCCUCGCCUUUUUGGGACGGUCGGCGGAAGAAAUGAUAAACGAUUCGCAUGAACGAACAACCGUGGAGGAUUUCAUGGUGCCACCCAAGUGGGUUCCCUUCCCUACCAAAGUAUGCUACCGGAAGCAUGAGGUCAAAUGGAUGCUCGAUAGCAGCACUUGUCUAAAUGCUUCUGGGGUUUCAGAUACGUAUCGUUCCGGGAUGAUCUUUCAGGGGUCUGAUUGUGUGUUUAUAAGAUAUUGCUAUGAAUUUGAACCCCAAUGGUUAACCCUUCUAGAGGAGUUGCACCACCUCCCGGUGAUUCCCGUGGGAUUAAUGCCACCGGCAAAGGCCACCGACGUCGGAGAUGAGAAAGAUGACGCAUGGGUGACCAUCAAGAAGUGGCUAGACGGUCAACAAAAAGGUCAAGUGGUGUACGUGGCAUUAGGAAGUGAGGUUAUGCUGAGCAACAGCGAGGUGGGUGAGUUAGCGUUGGGUCUGGAGCUGUCAGGGUUACCCUUCUUUUGGGGUCUGAGAAAGCCAGCAGGUUCCACGUCGGUGGAGUUGCCAGAGGGGUUCUUAGAGCGAACCCAUAACCGUGGGAUGUUGUGGAAGAGCUGGGUGCCUCAGUUACAGAUACUGAGCCAUGUGUCGGUGGGCGGUUUCUUGACUCACUGUGGUUGGGGGUCAAUUGUGGAAGGGUUAACCUUCGGUCAGCCUCUAAUAAUGCUUCCAUUUCUGGUGGACCAAGGUCUGAAUGCCCGAGCACUGGUGGAAAAACAGGUGGGAAUGGAGGUCCCAAGAGACGAGAAAGAUGGUUCCUUUACCAAGGAGUGGGUGGCGGAGUCGGUGCGUUUGGUGGUGGUGGAAGAUGAAGGGAAGAUGUACAAGAGAAACUCAAUGGAGUUGAGUAAAAUAUUUGGAGAUACGAAGCUACAGAACAAGUAUACAGACGACUUUGUAAAGUAUUUGGAGAAGCAGAGGAUGAGUGUUCCAUCGAACGGUUGAGGGCCAUAAUCUCAAGCAUCGGUGUUCAUGAAGUUGAUGAUGAAUAAGUUAAUCUGAGUUUUAUAAAUCAACCUUUUAAUUGCUGUUUACAGUUUUAAGGUUAAAAGACGGUUGAGGACCUGUUCUGUAAAUCUAGGACACGUGUAAUGGUGUGCAUGAAUAUAUAUAGUGAUGAGUCAGAAAAAAAAAAUGAUGCGUCGUACACGAUA